UCAAAGUAGCUACCGCCAUCUUGUUAGAGCAGACGACAUUUCCGUGUUUUAAACAGUUCUCCCUAUCUCCCUCCAUUAUCGAUAGAGUUCAAACGCAGCACCCUCGAAGAAAGCAAGAUAUCAAGACCAAAACAUGUGUAUUCUCUUUCUGAAGUUUGUGGAUCCGGCAGGUAACGUUCCAGGUGCGCCAGGUGCUGUCACAGGUGCGCCAGGUGGCCGGUACAAGCUCGUCCUGGCUGCCAACAGAGACGAGUACUACCAGCGACCUGCCAAAGCCGCUCACUUCUGGGGUGAAAACCCAAGGGUUCUGAGUGGUGUAGACAUGGAGCCAGGAAGGGAAGGAGGUACCUGGCUCGGUAUGGCAGAGACAGGACGGCUGUCAGCCUUAACCAACAUUCUGCAGCCAUCGCCAGACCCCAACGCAAAAGGAAGGGGAAGUCUCAUCACUGACUUCUUAAGAGGGGACCAAACACCGCUGGCUUACCUUGAAGACCUCGCUAAAGAAGGACACCUAUUCAAUGGUUUUAACCUCGUGACUAUGGAUCUCUCUAAAGAUACAAGUCUAGCAUAUUAUUACAGCAACGUUUCUCAAGAUGGUCCAAAAGUCUUAUCUCCAGGCCAGUAUGUUAUCAGUAACUCCCUCCUCCACACACCAUUUCAAAAGGCUAGCAACGGGAAGAAGUUGUUCCGGGAGAUUCUACGAGAGAAGGAGGAAGGUAACAGAGAUGCCUUCAUUGAGAGUCUUUUGCAGCUCCUAGACAACAAUGUGCAGUUUCCUGACGACCCACAAGUGAAGUUGCAGGGAACUCAUCUCCCAGAAACUGUUCGACAUGGGUAUACGGCGAUCCGCGUGCGGACACCAAGAGCAGCUAACUAUGGAACGAGAACCAAUACGGUCAUUCUGGUUGACCAGGAUAAUCAUGUCACUUUCCUUGAGAAGACAAUGAAACAGCCUAUUGAUAUUGACAAUCCUGAGUGGGAGGUGAACAAGUUCGAAUUGGACAUUGAGUCUAGGCUGACUAAAUCGCGAAUCUAGCAGCCCUCCCUCUGGUCUUUGCGAGCCCUGGACAGUGAGAGAUUGUGUUUAUCACACUGACAUCAUGUUGCAAAUUUUACUUGUAUAAAUUGAAGAAACUAAAAUGUCCUAGUUCUUGGCAAUAUAGUAACAACAACUAGAAGGAAGUACAAAGUAACAAAUGUGUACAGGAUAAGUGCAAUUUAUGUUGCCAAAGGAUUGCAAGUGAUUAGUGUGUGUGAAUGUAACAUGUUGUCAUUGAUUGCAAUUUAUGCCAGGACUGUCAGGCAAUAUUGGAGCGCUGACAAGUAACUUAUGAUGGUACUGCAGUCACAAAUGAAUUAAAGAUAUACAUAUACGGUUUUUGCCUAACUCAUUGACAGGUGAACAGCACGUAUCAGAAUCACAAAAUGGUGGCGUCUAUCGGAUGUCAACUAUUGUAAAACAUGUUUUGCUUAUUGCAAACCUGUAACUACAAUAGUAACAAAAUUGCAAACUGUAUGCAUGUGAAAGAAUACAA